CGCCGGUCGUCACCACUUUCACCUUUCUUCUCCUGCAGCCAGCUUUGUGCGGUGGGCCGAUCUUCUCGGUCAGUGAGCGCGGAGUCAAGCCUCCUAAUGCAGCUUACUGGGGGCCAGCCUUAUGACCUGAGUUCAGCAGCUGUGAGUACAGAGUAGUUCACCUCGCCCUGGCAGCGACUAGCAUGGCCGCGUUAUUCGGCUACCCUCCUUCAACACCACCGCUUGCCGAAUGCGGUAGUACCACCUCACCCACGAGCGGUCGUGGUGAGCUGGCCCCAGAAACGGCCACCACGGCAAUUGAUGCCCAAUUAACCGUGACACGGGCGGUUCACGCUCAAGAAAUGUGCCAGGCACAGAGUUCAGGGACUCCACAUAGUUUCUCCCGUUCGACAUCGGUUGAUACUGCUAAUACGACAGCCGCUUCUGCCGAGGUAAUUUUCGCAGACCUUGAGCUAGCUUCACCUUCAGAUAACACUCGCAUGCCAACAGCGCAACUGAGUGGAGAAAGCUCCUUGCAGGUCAUCGCCGUGGACACCUCAUUACCACUAUUGCGGUGGGGGCUGGACGGGAUCAGCUUGGACUGUCUCCCAAAUGAGAUAUUGAUGCAAAUUCUCGGCUUUUUGGACGUAUGCGACCUUCUCACAACGUCUAGGAUCAACCACCAUUUCCGGACCCUCUCGCUGGCCCCGAUCCUGCACACUUACCGGUUACAGCGCGCUCGCAUUCUUCUCCCACCACUGCUGACUUCGCCUUCGCGGCCUACGCUUGCACAACUUAUAGCCCGGCACAUCUUCCUCACGCCCACAACGCUGAUCUCACGCCGGCUUGCCCGAAACCUCGUGGCCAUCCGCCUGUCCCGCCGUCUGCCUCAGCGUCCCUCGGCCGAGACCCUUGUGCAACGCGGCGUACUGCCCGCGGAAUGUGUGUCCAGUUGGGGCCGCGGGCCGAUUGCCCCGGCUCUCGUGGCCAAGAGACGUGCGGUUGAGAAGGAGAAGCUCAAGGAUGGCCUUCGACGCUGGGUUGGCGGUGCCUGGCGCGGCGAGGUCAAGGAACGUAGCGAGGGCGUGAAGAAGUGGGAGGAACGUGCCGGCGUUGGGAGAGUCUGGCGACUUCGUCGCUUCUGGGAACGCGUUGGUCAGGGCGCUGCAUAAGUAAUCGUGCCGAGGUAAAUUUGACGAGGUCUGACUCGAGCUCGGGCGACCCAUAUGUACACGACGUGUUUUUUUGUUUUUUUUUUGUUCAUUUGUUUCAUGAUUGUAUCUGCUCGGCGUCUUGGAUUCCCCCGUUCUCCACAGUUGUUGGAUAACUAGUUGAUGGUGCUGGGCCAUGGGACGUGGAUGAUGGUCAUGUGUAUCUGGAAUAUGCAUGGGACUUGUUAAUGGCUGCCAGGGGCAGCGAUAAUGGACGCAUGGAACAUGAUAAUGAAGCUUGCUUGGGCUAGAUGUCAAGUAAAUUGUAUUGCUAUGUAAUUUAAAACACAAUGUACAAGUUGUGCUGCUCAAACUCGCCUCCUGUAUUGGAUGCGGCAACAUGGCUUCGUUGUAUGAAUGGCACUUAACCGUUGGCAUUUUAUAUGGAUAUAAACUACCUAGGUAGUGCCCGAUCAGCUUCGACUUGACACCGUGGCUCUACAAUGCCACAUCUCUUCGAUAGUUCCAUCUGCUAACCUCAUAGUCCCAAAGGCU